UCGCAUCGCAGCCGCAAAAGAGCAGUAUUCCCGGCGCAGAGACAACCACCAUUUCUUGGAAAUGCAAUCCACGAAGAUCGCCAUGGGCAGGGGGUCGAUUUCGACCUCCCACGGGCAAAUCAGGAUACUGAAGCACGCCACCCCGGACCUCCUGACCUACAUCCAAAAGGCCGUCCAAACCGGUGUGUACCGCAGCUCCGACGAGAUCGAGGAGAUGAACCAGAAACUGAGAGACAGCCCGUCGGACCUGAGGAGGGUGCGGUGGAACGUCCAGCGGGGAUCGAAGAUCCAGGACUAUCCGAAAGAAUACGAGAUCCUCUCGCUGAACCCCCCGGCCCCGUUCAAGCCAAAGAUCCCGGUAAAGGACCAGAAGAAAAUCUACAGCCAGUACGUCCGGGAGAACCGCCCGACGGACCGCCUGGCGCAGAACUACCUCAAUCGGCAGAAGCAGACGAACCGGGACGGCAGCGAACCCACGACGGCAGACGAAUACUACCGCCGCCUGCUGGGAGCCAACAAGGCUCCCAAGGCGGGUUCGGCGAUGGGGUCCAAGAGUGCGAUGAUCGCAAAGGCCUACGCCGUGGCGGUCAAACAAUACGAGGUGAUGCGAACCGACAACCUGAGCGAAAAAGAAGCCAUGGAAAAGGUGGAGGAACUCCUGGCGAAGGACGACCUCGAAGAGAAGACCUCCAGCCGGACCAAAGCCCGGGACCUGCAGAAGACGGCACAGGAAGCCUCCGGAACCGACGCGGACGACCUCGUCCAGCGAGCGCAAACCGCAUUCCCGGGCGCGAAACCCAAGGAAGAGAUUCUCGGUCGGCGCGGAAAGAAAGAGGGAACCACCGGUGCCAAGGUGGACUACGACACAUCGGUUUCCAUGCUGUACUCGGAAAACCAACGAUCCUUCGAAGGGAUGAUCAACUGGACCAAACGGCUGCAGGCCGUUCCCUACAACCGUUGGACCGUCGGAGCCUCGGUGUCCCUCGAUCACUGGAUUGCCAAACGCGUCCUCGGACUGUCCGAAGAAACAUGGCUGGCUCUGCUCGAAGGCAAUUCGCCGGAGUUGAUGGGUCGGGGAAGAGAGUGAGUUCCGUCCCUGGUGCUGCCGGUGUUCGGUGCUGUUCCGGUUUUUGGGUUUGGUUUGCACGCCCCACGGGAUUUGCGACGAGAUCUAUAUCGUUUGCCAAACCGUCGUCUUUUGUGUCGUUGGCGCUCACGCUGCUCUUUGCUCUUUCGAAUCGUUGUUGUGGUCUAUUCCCCUCAGUAUCGUCAUGGCUCGCCAUGCGCUCUUCCCGGAAACGGUCGUGGCAUCGGACUUCCAGUCUGCGGCCGAUGCCGAAAUCGAUGGCACGAGCGACGAAACAAGCAGCGGGGCCGAAGACGAUCUGGAUGCGCUUCUUGCUACGCUGGAAGGAUGGAAUUCGUCGGACAACAGCGGAGAAGAAUCGUCCGAGACAACGACGACACCCGACGACGAUUCCGCCUCGUCUCUGGAGGAGAAACUCACGGAAGAGCUGCAAGCCUGGAGGAGCCAGCACGUCGAACAAAACUAUGACAAUUGGAAUCUGGAGAAACAAGAAGAAUUCAUGGUAAGUGCAAUUUUUCUUGAAGCCUCUUUCGACGCAUAGAAAUCGGCACCGGCAUCGGCAUCGACAUCGGCAUCCAUCCGCUUGGAAAGGCACGGUAGAAGAACUCAGGCUGACCAAACUUUUGUUCUCGUUGCAAUGCUUCUCGUGAUUUCGAAAACUAAAGUCGUGGCUGGAAACAUUUGUGUCGUCCCAAGUUCCGGAAUCUUCUCUGGGUCGAGUCGAUCUCGAAGAAACCAGAAAGAACAUUCUGGAAUCCCCACCCCAACAAAAGGAAGAUGCCGAUGCUUUCUGGAAUAGCAUCAGCGAUGAAACUUCUGCCGAAUUAUUUUUGCAAUCACUGCUUCAGGAAAACAAGAUUGGUUCCGAGCAUCCGUUCUUCGAACUGGAUUACAAGACACAACUCGAGCGCCUCGUAAAUCUGGGAACCAUCGGAGAAAUCGCAAACGAGUACGCAACGGAAGCCGAUCGUUCCAAAUUCCUCACGCGAUACGGGGACUAUCUUCUUGAGGGAGUUCAGUUUGAUCACUUGGUUCCAGAUUCGUCUGGUCCCAUCAGUGGAUCCGACCUGGGACAGCAUCUCCGAGAGAAAUACGACAUCGAUUCGUCGGAUCGAUUUGCUCUCAAGAAGAUCGAUCACGGGGCCGAGGGUUUCGACUCGAAGGCUUCCAAGAAUGCUCGCAUGCUGUUCGUGGCAUGGAAUCAAUUCAAGGCCGGCAGAGCCCAUUACGAGGAGAAGUUGUUCAAGAAGGGACUCCUUGGUUUAUCAUACGAAACGUCAAAAACCAAAAAAUAACUUUUCUUGCCCUAAAAAAAUAGACAUGCAACAGCAUA